AUGGGUUUUCCCGAUGUUACCACUGACGCCGGUGUUGCUGUGCUCAACAGCUGGCUGGCCACUCGCUCGUACAUUUCUGGCUAUGCCACUAGCCAGGCUGACGUCGCCGUUUUCAAGGCACUGAAGUCCUCUCCAGAGACAGCCAAAUACCCGCACGCUGCGCGGUGGUACAAGCAUAUUGCCUCGUACGAGGAGGAGUUCGCUACGCUGUCCGGCGAUGCUUCCAAGCCUUACACUACGUACGGCCCCGAGGAGUCGACGGUGACCGUGAACACGGCUAAGGCCCCGGCUGCUGAGGAGGAGGAUGACGACGUCGAUCUGUUUGGCAGCGACGACGAGGAGGAGGAUGCUGAGGCCGCACGCGUGCGGGAGGAGCGUCUGGCAGAGUACCGCAAGAAGAAGGAGGGAAAGACCAAGCCGGCCGCUAAGUCCGUCGUGACGCUAGAUGUCAAGCCCUGGGACGAUGAGACCGACAUGAAGGCUCUGGAGGAGUCGGUCCGCGGUAUCGAAAAGGACGGUCUGCUGUGGGGUGCUUCCAAGCUUGUUGCUGUUGGCUUCGGCAUCAAGAAGCUGCAAAUCAACCUGGUUGUCGAGGACGAGAAGAUCUCUCUGGAUGACCUCCAGGAUGAGAUUGCCGGUUUCGAAGAUUACGUUCAGUCCAGCGAUAUUGUCGCCAUGCAGAAGCGUGUAAAGGGGCGAAUUGCCCCGUUUGCGACGAGUUCUCACCAGAAGAUUGCUUUUCGUAGCUAA